GUAUAAGUGCCGGCCACCAAACAUUUCCAAACGCACUCGCGUACCAAACACUUCGUCUAGUCGCUUCGGUGCUCCUCUUCGCGCUAUCUCUUUUCUUUUUUUUUCUCUCUCUAUCUGUCUGUCUCUCUCUCUGUCUCUGCCUGUCUAUCUGUCUCUACUACAUCAUCUCUGUCCGUCUGUCUGUCUGUCUGUCUGUCUGUCUUCCUAUCCACGUUAUAGGUUCUAAUCUUUUUUUUCCUUAAUUCAAAAAUAAUUUAUUCUUUUUUUUUUUUUAUUAUUAUUAUUUUUAUUUAUCCUUCCCCGUUGAUCCCGCCGAACCAUCGCGAUUCGUCCGUAUUUAAAUCGAGACGCGAAAGUGCGAUCAGACAUUAUUAUUUUUUGCGGCAGACGACGUUUAAUAAACCGUGAUAUAUACAUUAAAAAAAAUUAACCGUACGAGUUAAAACCAGUUCCGUGUGAAUAUUAUACAUAUUUAUCGUAGUCGACACGUCGAAAUAUAUUGUUAAAAUACCGUCUCCGUGACCGAGUAAACAGCCGGCCCUAAGGAUCUCGGAUGACGGUUGGCCAUGCCCCGGUACCUAAUGCCCAAGAAGUGGAAGACCGCAGUGGCCAACGAGUGUUCGUGGGACUACGACAGCAAGCGGCCGUCAUCGCCGCCGCCGCCGCCACCACCACUGCAGCAGCAAGCAAAGCACAGCGGUCCGCAAUGGGAACCACCGGUUACCGUGCUCUUGCACCACCAUCAGCACCACCACCAUCAGCAGCAUCACGCGUGGGGACCGUCUAGCCCGCCGGCUGGAGCCACCGCGCCGAGUCCGCCACCGUGUUGCACCGGCACAGCUUUUCAUUAUCUCACAGAGUAUGCGGGAACCGUUAAGAGCGAAUACCAGACGGCCGCCGACGCGCAGUCGGUGGUCGCCGCCAUGCCGUCCGCGCGCGAACACCAUCAUCAGCAACAGCCACCGGCGCCGCCGACGCCGGCCACUGCAACACCGGUGCUCACAGUGCUCCAGUAUCAGCGGCCGCGGACGUACACCAGCACGGGCGUGGCCCUGUCGCUGCCGCCCAAGAAGAAGGACAUUUACCGGCCCUAUUCGCUGGACGACCACAAGCCUAUAAAGUGGCCGCGGCCCGAGGAGGACAUCAGCGCCGCGCAAGCCAUACUCGACCUGAGCGCAUCCACGCCGGUGGUCGUCUGCCGGCCGCCACCGCCGCCGCCACCGGCGCCUCAACAACUGCAAUCACCUCCGCCGCCGCCGCCGCAGCCGCAGCCGCAGCCGGUCACUCAACUCCAACAACCACCGGCGCCGACGCCUCAACAACAACAACUAGUGCAAGUCGUACCGACGGCCGUCAAACAGGAAUCGUCCGAACAACUGCAGCAACUGCGCCCGCCGCCGCCGUCCAUCCCGUUGUCCACCGUGACCACCGUGACGACGACCACCAGCAAAACGGUGGCGUACACGUACGAGGCGUUCUUCGUCAGCGACGGCCGUUCGAAACGCAAGUCUUCGGCGGCCGCCGCGGUCGCUGCCGCGUCCGCGUCGUCUUCGUCUGCAACGGCGGCCUCGUCGGCGCCCGGCGAAGAGUGCGCCGUCGACGACAAGUCGUCCGCGAGCGCGGCCGUCGUGAUCGGCGCCGACUUUGGCGCCGCGACCGCCAGCCGCCCGUCCAAGUACACGUGCUCCGAGUGCGGCAAGCGGUACGCCACGUCGUCGAACCUGUCCCGGCACAAGCAGACCCACCGGAGCCUGGACUCGCAGUCUGCCAAGCGGUGCAACGUGUGCGGCAAGCCGUACGUGAGCAUGCCCGCGCUGGCCAUGCACCAGCUCACGCACAAGCUGACGCACGCGUGCGGAGUGUGCGGAAAGAUGUUCAGCCGGCCGUGGCUGCUGCAGGGCCACCUCAGGUCGCACACCGGCGAGAAGCCGUACGGUUGCGCGCACUGCGGCAAAGCGUUCGCCGACCGGUCCAACCUGCGCGCCCACAUGCAGACCCACUCGGGUGACAAGAACUUUGCGUGCCCGCGGUGCUUCAAGUCGUUCGCCCUAAAGUCGUACCUGAACAAGCACUUGGAGUCGGCCUGCCUGCCCGUCGCCACCGCAGUGCCCGCCGUCACCGCGCCCGAAUCGCCCUCGUCGCUUUCGUCGUCGUCGUCGGCGUCGUCACUCUCUUCGUCGUCGUCGUCGGCGUCGUCUACGUCUUCGUCGUCGUCAUCGUCGUCGUCGUCGUCGUCGUCAUCGGCCUCGGCCGCCGCACUGUCACCAUCGCACCAACACCACUCGCCUGCGCACUUACAUCUUCUCCAACAGCAGCCACACCAUCAGCAUCACACGACUACCGCCGAAAUCACCAACCUCAACUUGUUGCGUCCAACGGUACUGCACACCGCCUAAACCGGCGCGCAUGCGUGUCGAGUAUUUUCUGGUCAUUAUUGUAAUUUUUUUUUUUUUUUUACUAUUUUAUAUUAUUAUAUAUAUUUUCAUGUCUUUCUUAUUAUCAUAUUCUGGUCGUACGUUAUAGUCAAUUUUUUCGGAAAUCUUAAAAACCUAGUUCAUUUUAUUAUUAAACGAUUAGAGGUGGGUAUUUUUUAUUAUUUUCACAUUUAAACACUAGUCACGAGUUUCUAGUCAAUUUCUAUUCCACAGAUAGUAUUUAUAUGUUUAUAUUUUAUGUAUAUUUUUUUAUAUUAUUAUUUAUACCGUAACAACAUUUCAACACAUAAAUAUUCUAUCGGUUUAAGUUUUACAUUUCUUUUCUUUGCUUUUAUUUUUUCAUUCGCGAAAAGGGGCGUGCAAUAGCGUGUUUUGUUUUGUUUCGGCGUUACAAGUCAAUUUUUAUUUGAAUAUAUUAUUACUAUUAUUACUAUUACUAUUUUAUCUGUUUAUUUUUAAUCAUAUCAUGUUUGAAUUUUUUCAUCAAACGGACAUUAUAUUUGCAUGAAAUCUCACAUUAUUAUUAUAGCCUCUAAAUAGUCUAGAAGUUAAAUACAAAUGUGCGGUUGGUUCCUAACCUUGCACAACCCUGUGUAUAGUAAAUAGUAAUAUUUGCCAGUGGUUGAUUAAUGCGUAUAUACAUUAUACAUAUUAUUAUUUAUAAGCAACGUGUAUUAUUUAAACACGUUGAAGCGUGUUUUUUCGUUUUUUUUUUUUUUUAAACAUAUAUUAUAUUGUAUUAUAAUUUUAAUUCUUUUUAAUUUUAAUUGGAUGUAUACACGCGUAUAUGUCAGAGUGUGUGGUCUAGUCAUUUAGAUUAAGUAGAGCUACUGCGAGAGUGGUAUGAACUAUACUAAAAAUAUAUAAGAGAAUGCGAUCUCAAAAAUAAAAAAAAAAUUUAAAAAAAAAUAUUGAAUGUUAAAAAAAUAACGUAAUUAAUUAUGUUAUAUUAUAAUAAUUAAAUAAUGUAUUUUGUAAAUAAAACUUAAUAGACACUAAGAAGUUUUUCGUAUAGUUAAAUAAAUUAUAAUUAAAAGACUAAAAUAAAUUGUGGUAAUUAUGUGGUCAUAAUAUCAAUAUGAUAUAGUCGAUGAUGGGUAAACUCCUAGUAAAUAUUACAUUUACCCGCGUUUUUGUUCGAAGCCCAAUACUUGAGAUUAGAUGGAAGAGAUUAGAGUACAAAAACUGAGACACCAAAAAUUGUUUUUUGUAGAUUAAAAUAUUAAUUAUGUUACAUAAUAUAGAUUUAAGAAAAUUUUAAUAUAGUGAAAAAGCAAUAACGUAACCAACUCGUCUGCUCAAUAAUGUAAUAAAAUUAGGAACAAAAAGAAAAAAUGUAAGAAUAAAAAAAAAAGAAAAAAUAAUUAUUAAAAUAUAUUUCUUUUCGAAUUUCAAAUAUUAUUAUUACUAUAUAUUACAAAUAUUUAUAUUAGAUGUACGUUUUCUCUACACGUUAAUAAACACUAUGAUAAAAUUUAUUUUGUUUUUGUUUUCUUCUCUAUCUAUAAUGUCUCGGUGUAUAUAUUAUUAUAAAUAUAUAUAUAUAUGUGUGUAUGUAACAUAUAUAUUAUAUAAAUAAAAACCUUUGUAAACUUUAUAUUUUUCGUCCAAAAACCUUGGACUCUCGUGUAAGAUGUUUAACGAUGAUAUACUUUUAAGGAAACUCAUACAUUUAAGUACGUAUUCGAAAAGCAAUAAAAUUGUAGAGGGAGAAACGGGAGCGUGAACGUUAACGCCUUCCGGGAGCCUCUUGUAGAGCGUAGAGCAAUAAUUUUGUGAAACCUAUAGCAAUAUAUUAUAUCAUAAUAUAUUAUUGUGUAUUUUACAUUUGUAUUCAUUCAUUUAUUUAUAUUAUUAUUAUUUUAAUUUCGAUUUUUAUUUAGAUUUGGGCGGAGGUAAUAGGUACCUAUUAUAAUAUCAUAUAGCAUUACUGUUCGGAAGUGAAUAUUAUUAGAACGACCUGGCGCCGCGUCCUUAAUUUUGUUUAUAAUUGAAUUUUUAAAAUGUAUUGAAUAUUAUUUUUUUUUGUACAUUUUUUUAUUAUUAUUAUUAAAAUUAUAUGUCAACAUAUUAUAUAUAGGUAUAUAUAAUACGUAUAUACAUACGCGUGGCGGUAGAUGCAAUUAUAAUAUUAUUAUUGUAACACUGCAGCAGCGCAUUAUAGUAGGUGGGUAUAAUAAUAAUGAUGAUAUUUUUGGAUGCCGUUUUUCAAUGAUCUAAAAUAAAUAUUGUUUAAAAACACACAUAGUGGCCUUGAAAAAUUCGUUUUUACGACGAUAACGUACCUACCCGAAAAUAUAUAUACAUUAUAUAUAGAGAGUGAAAAAGAGAAUCAUUUUUGGACGUUUUUAAUAUGAGACUAGAACAGGCAUAAAAUUCAGCACCCAUAGAGGGUAAAUUUUUAACAUAAACACUUACUAUAUCAAUGUAAUUAUCACUGUCCAUUCACGAUAUCAUCGUCGAUAUUCGGACGCAUAUAACCCGUCCAAUUAAUGACUAGUGUUACGA